CCCAGUGUGCAGUAUUCCCACUGCCGUCACCCAGCCAGAGGGUGUGGCUGUCUGCGGCCGGAGCUCAUAAGACGAACGGAGAAUGUCGUUUAUAUCGUCGUUUAUAACAUUGACAUGUCGACGACGGGCGAAAAAUGCUUAUGUUAUCAUUAAUGAGCCCGUCUUGUCGACUUCACGCGAAUAAGCGGUGGCAAGCUCAGCGGCUAGCCGUUGUUUGCUCACUUUUUAGCACUUACGCUAUCAUCAAAUGAGCGUACGAGGGCUGAGAAGAGCACACUUAGGAGACGAGUUCGUGACAAUAUUCACGUUAAGCGGAACGACGCCUUAAAAGUCGUGAUGGCGCUUAGCUGCCGCAGUUGGCAUGGAUGCUAACUCCUCGAUCUAAGUGUGCAUUUGGGCGCUCUGAAGUGUGACAAGUGUUGAAUAAAAGCAACUGCCCACUAUAUAAUGAAACAUAGUUAUAUUUCCAUAUUCAAAUGUAUAGCGUCGAAAGCAGCAUAAACUGGUUGGUAAACCGAUGAAAUAGUUAAGUGUAAGCGUAUGGAAGUUAGAAACUUGAAAGGCUGAAUUUCUAAGAUGAGCCUCCAUAUUGUGGACGUCCAUUUUAAGCACAGGUGUCCUUAAUUGUGCCAAAACAGAUAAUUUAAUACAAUUUUCAAGGUGGCCCACAUUUACAAUUGUGGAGUUCUCAUGAUGUAUCCUAAAUCUUUUUGUUGAUUUCUAUCUUUGGAAGUAUACAAUCCCAACAAAAGAAUCACCUACACAUAAAAAUGUGAUUCAAUGUGAUUUUCAUACAAGUCCAUGUUUUUAUACUUGGUACUUUAAAAAAAAAAUCCCCAUUCCCCAAACUUCCUGUGGAAAUUUACCAGGCACUUAUCUCAAUUUCUUUCACUCCUUUACAAACCUAUUCCUCACAGUCCGGACAAAGUCAUUGUUUGUUUUUUGGGAGUGAAGUGGGGGGCUUACACAAGACACAAUUAUUGAAAAUGAACCUACAAAAACUGUAGAAGUCGAUUUGAAAGUCGACCCAACAGGGAUGUUAUGUCGUGUUGCCAGAGCAACCUUUUCCACUUUGUGUGUCAUAUGCCUUUAUAUGUUUAGUGGCACAAUUUAUCUUGGCGACAAAUAGUUUUAUCAGCACUGCUGCCAGAUUACAAUUUUUCUGUACGCUCAUCACUCAUGUGUUGUGUCAUGGCAGCGGCUGAAGCAUGCUCUUGGCACAGCUCAACCGGGACUCCCAAGGAAUGACGGAGUUUCACGACUCAGACGGUCAACCCGUCACGCUUUGCCUGACCGAAGCAGUGACUGUGGCAGAUGGCGAUCAGAUGGACACCAUGGACACGGUGAGCCUGCAGGCCGUCACGCUUGUGGAUGGCUCCACUGCCUACAUCCAGCGGGAGGCCAAGCCGGCCUUCUCCGACGGACAAAUCAUGGACGGUCAGGUGAUCCAGUUGGAGGACGGAUCGGCCGCCUACGUCCGGCACGUGUCCAUGCCCAAAGCAGGAGGAGACAGUUUGCAGCUGGAAGACGGACAAGCAGUUCAGCUUGAAGAUGGAACAACAGCCUUCAUACACACACCAAAAGCAGAGACGUACGAGCAAGGCGGUCUGCAGGAGGUGCAGCUGGAAGACGGCAGCACGGCCUACAUCCAACAUACGGUGCAUAUGCCGCAGCCCAAUACCAUCCUGGCCAUUCAGGCCGACGGCACCAUCGCUGACCUGCACGCUGAGGCCACCGCCAUCGACCCCGACACCAUCAGUGUGCUGGAGCAAUACACCACCAAGGUGGAGAACAUCGAGAAUCCUUUGGUUCCCUACGGUAGAGUGGAGGCAGACAAUGGCGUGCACAUGCGGAUUGUGCUACAGGGUCAGGAGAACAGGAGGGUGGCCAACGUGGGCGAGAAGUCAUACCGCUGCGAGCACGAGGACUGCGGAAAGUUGUACACCACUGCACACCAUCUCAAGGUGCACGAACGCUCGCAUACCGGAGACAAGCCAUACAUGUGCGAAUAUCCGGGAUGCGGGAAGAAGUUUGCAACAGGUUAUGGCCUCAAGAGUCACUCCCGCACGCACACUGGCGAGAAGCCCUAUCGUUGUCAGGAGCUCAACUGUUGCAAGUCUUUCAAAACUUCGGGAGAUCUUCAGAAGCACACCCGCACGCACACAGGAGAGAAGCCGUUCAAGUGUCCGGUGGAGGGCUGCGGCCGGUCCUUCACCACCUCCAACAUCCGCAAAGUACACAUCCGCACUCACACGGGCGAGCGGCCGUAUUACUGCUCCGAACCAAACUGCGGCCGCUCAUUCGCCAGCGCCACCAACUACAAGAACCACAUGAGAAUCCACACCGGGGAGAAGCCGUACGUGUGCACUGUGCCCGGAUGUGAGAAACGCUUCACAGAAUACUCGAGCCUAUACAAGCACCACGUGGUCCACACGCCGUGCAAGCCGUACAACUGCAACCACUGCGGAAAGACCUACAAGCAGAUCUCCACGCUGGCUAUGCAUAAGCGCACUGCCCACAAUGACACGGAGCCCAUCGAGGAGGAGCAGGAGGCCUACUUUGAGCCGCCCACGGACGCCAUUGAUGACCCCAGUGUGAUCUACCCGACGACUGCGGCGGUGUUGGAGGAAGACGACACAGGCUCCAAGCACAUUCCUGUAGAGAACGCCGACGUGGUUGCCCAGCAACACGUCGCAGUGGUGACUCAGCCGGACGGGACUCAACAGCAGGUGAGCAUCUCCGAAGCGGACUUACAAGCCAUGGGCGGCACCAUCACCAUGGUGACCCAAGAAGGCACCACCAUAACUAUCCCGGCCCACGAAUUGGCCACGCAGGGUGCUCAGGUGGCCAUCAUGACACCCGGCAUGACUUCCUUUGAAAGUGUCGAGGAGGCCACUUACAGCCAUGAGCAGGAAGAGAUUCACCCAGUCACUUUACUGGCCACCUCCAAUGGCACUCACAUUGCUGUGCAGCUAAGCGAUCAGCCUUCGUUGGAGGAAGCCAUCCGAAUAGCCUCGAGAAUUCAGCAAGGGGAAUCGCCCGGCCUGGACGAUUGAUAUCGGAUGGGAUUCAGUACCAAGUUGGACAAAAAAAAAAAAAGAAGCAAA